AUGCCGGAAAGAACUUCGACCAUGUCCUGGCUCAGUCCGAGGCGACGACGAACAACUGGUAAUCUCAAGAACAUCCCAAAUGGACAGUACAGACCUGUCUUGGACCAUGCUGAGGGACUGAUCAUACCCUCGCGACUGGAGAGCACGGGCGAGGAACCGGUGUCUAUUGCUCGACGCUUGUCGGAAUCGUACGGCAAAGGCACGCUGGAGAGCAAUGUCAGAGCAAAUGAUGUACGCACAGUGGAGGGACAGGGCGAUGGGGCGGAACGAUUGACGGGGGUUGAGGAGCAAGAGCAAGAGACGGACAGAUUGCAAAGAGAUGGGAAGAGCAAUGGAUAUGUCGAUAGCAAAGGUCUUACGGAAGAGCUUGGGCACAUAACGAGUCUUCUGGGUACCCUGAACACUCGUCUGAAGCAGAUACAACAAGCAAUAGUGGAAGGGAAUAGCCAGACGUCGCCUCUACAGAAGCACUUGGAGGGUUUAGACUCCGGUGCUAGAGCCAAUGUCGAGGUCUUGCAGCAGUUGCUUGAGUCGCAGCAGUCUACGCGACAAGCUAUUACACAGAGUGCAGAACAUGUUGACCUCCAGCCAUGUGAAGACCAUCUGAGAUCGCUGCAGACAUCAUCGACGACCCAGACGGACUUCCUGCGAGAGCUUGUUGAGGCACAAAAUGCAACAAGAGAAGCAGUUGAAGCGAACUCCGGCGAGAUCGAUGUUAGCCCUCUGGUCGAUGAGAUGCAAGCAGUAAGAAAGGCGAUUGAACAGCAACGUAAUCCUCUACUCGAGCAUCUUGAAGCUAUACGCAAUGCGACAGAACGCAACGCCGAGCAGAUCAAAGCACUCGUCGAAGCUCAACACAAGCAAGUCCAAACACCUUCGAAGAAUGCCGACCUCGAUCUCACGCCCAUGACCGAACGCCUGAACAAGAUCCACGCAACUCUCGAAAAGUCCAGCAGGCAAAGUGGCGAGUCGAGUCCUGGAGGAGGAGACCCCAAGUUCAUACUUUCAGCUCUCACAUCCCAUCUCAGCAAGAUCCAGGCCGUCACCGAACAGAACGCCAAAUCCAUCCACUCCCUUCAACAAAAGCACUCAUCAACUGAUGACGCGCAAACCAAAAUGCACAACGGCAUAGCGACAACCUCCGACUUCAUCCAAAAGCUCGCCACAGCCAACAUGGACACCCACCGUCUCCUCGCCAGGCGGUCUACUGAAGUUGAAGAUAAAGCCCAGGAGAACAUGAAGAAGCUGGAGAAGAGGAUGGAGGCUACAAACAGUCAGGCUCGAGAACUUAUGACGGGCCAGCGUGAGAUGACAAAGGUUAUGAGGGAUCUGGCGAACGCUAUCUCGGCGCAAAAUAAGGGCAAUUGUGAUCAUGUUGUGAUUCCGCCGCCGAGGAAGAUGGGGAAGAAGGUUGUGGGGUUUGUGUAUGAUGGGAAGGUGGUGGAGAGUCCGGAGGGGAGUAUUUUACGGCAGUGA